AUGGGUGGAAAUGGGAAGCGCUUUCGUUCUCAUCGUGAUGACGUGGAUAGCAAGAACCAAAAGAGGCGAGUGGAUAGAGAAAGAGAUAGAGACCAGAAGGGUAAUGAUGAACUGAUAGUGUAUAGGAUUCUUUGCCCUGACGGUGUUAUUGGGAGCGUGAUUGGAAAGAGUGGAAAAGUAAUUAACUCGAUCCGGCAAGAGACAACAGCAAAGGUCAAGGUGUUGGACCCAUUCCCUGGUGCUAGAGAUAGAGUUAUCACGAUUUAUUGCUAUGUUAGAGAGAAGGAGGAUGUUGAAGUUGAUGAUGAAUUCAAUAAUAAGGAACCUCUCUGUCCUGCUCAGGAUGCGCUCCUCAAGGUACACGAGGCUAUUGCAAAUGCAGUGGCUAUGGUCGGGGAUUUUGACAGGAAGAAUAACGACAAAAAUAAGGAGUGUAAGAUUCUUGUUCCAUCUAGCCAGUCUGCCAAUAUUAUUGGGAAAUCCGGUACCACCAUUAAGAAGUUGAGAAACAAGACAAGGACAAACAUCAAGAUCACUUCCAAGGAUGCCAGUGACCCGUCUCAUUCUUGUGCAUUGAAGUUUGACAAUUUUGUGGUGAUAUCUGGCGACUCAGAGGCAUUGAAGAAAGCACUUUUUGCCAUUUCUGCUAUCAUGUACAAGUUUUCACCGAAGGAAGAUAUUCCUCUUGAUGCUUCCAUCCCAGAAACCCCUCCUAGCAUUAUCAUCCCGUCAGAUGUUCCCAUAUAUCCUGCAACUGGAUUUUAUCAAAGUGUAGAUCCUAUUAUCCCAUCCAGAUCUGUUCCUUCUAUUUUAGGUCCUGCAGACGCACUGGACAUACCUAGUCGUGCUGAUGCUGGGAACACGUGGUCAGUUUAUUCAUCCACUCUUCCUGUGGUGUCUGGUUAUGGUGGUGCGUCUCGAUCAGAGGAGUUGACCAUAAAAGUGUUGUGUCCAUCAAAUAAAAUUGGCCGUGUUAUUGGCAAAGGAGGAAGUUCCAUCAAACGUAUAAGGCAGGACAGUGGUGCUCAUAUUGAGGUUGAGGACCCAAAGACCAAUUACAAUGAGUGUGUGGUCAGCAUUAUCUCAACAGAGUCAAUGGAUGAUCUGAAGUCCACAGCUGUCGAAGCUGUGUUAUUGCUGCAAGGAAAGAUAAAUGAUGAAGAUGAUGAUACGGUAACUUUGCGGCUUCUUGUUCCAUCUAAGGUUAUUGGAUGUAUAAUCGGGAAAAGUGGUUCAAUCAUAAAUGAAAUCAGGAAGAGAACUAAAGCAGAUAUACGAAUCUCCAAGGGCGAGAAGCCUAAAUGUGCAGAUGCAAAUGAUGAACUUGUUGAGGUUGUUGGCGAAGUUGUUAGUUUGAGAGAUGCACUUAUUCAGAUUGUCUUGAGGCUGCGAGAUGAUGUGUUGAAAGACAAAGAAGGUGGCCGCAUUUCUUCUGGUGGUGCUGGUUUCUCGGUGCCCUCAGUUUUGCCUAGUAUUCGUCCGGCUGCUCCUCUGGGCUAUGAGCACAGUGCCGAAACUGAGAGUGGAGUUGGCCUGCUUUCCUCCAGAACCUAUGGGUCUCUGUUGACUGGAGAUAGUGGCUAUGGAUCAUUUUCCUCCCAUUCAUCAUCAUUGUAUGGAGGAUUGCCUUCACCUUCAACUGUGGAAAUGGUUGUACCCGCAUAUGCAGUUGGUAAAGUCAUGGGCAAACGUGGCAUGAAUAUUGAGAAUAUACGUAAGAUAUCUGGUGCAGCAAUAGAGAUUUCAGAUUCCAAAUCUUCCCGAGGUGAUCGCGUGGCUUUAAUAUCGGGCACAGCUGAGGAGAAGCGUGCAGCUGAAAACUUGAUACAAGCAUUCAUAAUGGCCACUUAA